UCUGACCAGAUCUCUUUCUUCCACGUAUAGAUUUUGCCAGAGUGUCCAGGUUUAUUUACGAUGCCCACUGCUGAGUUUCUUGCUGGCUGGCUUUCGGGGGCAGCAGGACUUGUUCUGGGACACCCCAUCGACACAGUCAAGGUACGGCUGCAGACGCAGGCAGGCUAUCGAAAUAUCCUGGACUGUGUCAUCACGACAUACCGAGACGAAACGGUCCGUGGCUUCUUCAAAGGCAUGAGUUUCCCGCUGCUCAGCGUGGCGGUGGUGAAUUCCGUCAUGUUUGGGACAUACAGCAAUGUUCUCCAGUACCUGUGCGACACCCACCACCGCGACCACAGCGUCAACCCUCCCAGAUACGCCCACAUCUUCACGGCGGGCUGCGUCUCAGGAAUGGUGCAAGCCAUGAUCCUGGCCCCGGUGGAUCUCAUCAAAGUCCGGCUGCAGAAUCAGACCCACCUCUACAGCCGCCGCAGGGCCCUGACCGGGGCGUGCCAGUCACGAUACAGGGGCCCCGUCCACUGUGCGGUCAGCAUCUUCCGGGAGGAAGGCGUGGCGGGCAUGUUCCGCGGUGGCCGGGCAUUGGCGUUCCGGGAUUCACCCACCGUGGCCGUCUACUUCCUGACGUACACGGGGCUCUGCAGGGGGAUGACGGAGGAAAGGCAGGAUCCAGGUCCAGUGACCAUUCUGGUGGCCGGUGGUUUUGCUGGGACGGUGUCAUGGGUUUUGGCCACCCCGAUGGACGUGGUGAAGGCCCGCCUGCAAAUGGACGGGGUGAAGCAGGCAGAGUAUCGCGGGAUCUUGGACUGCAUCCUGGCCAGUGCCCGUCAGGAAGGCUGGCAGGUUUUCUUCAAAGGUCUCUCUCUGAAUGCUCUCCGGGCUUUCCCCGUCAAUGCUGUCACCUUCUUGAGUUACGAGCAUCUCCUUAAGCUGCUCUGCUGAACAUUGGGGAGCGACGUGUCGGGCGAUACCUGGGACCGUGUCUCUCCCUCCCUGCCUCUUGUCCCACCUCCUUUAGGUGGUGGUUCCCCUGUCACAUGCUGGGCCUUCUCCGUGGUGGCUCCUCUCCUGCUGGUGGCUUCAAAGUCUUGCGGCACGGACCUUCAUGAGGGACUCCUGGCAGACUGGAGCUGCGGUGCUGUACCCGGAGACACCAGAGAGAGCCCUCAAGGACUACGGUUGAUUUUGAAUGAACUCUUUAUCUGUGGAACAGCCAGGAGUCUCUGGUUGGCGAAUUUUUGAGGCUGACUUUUCGUUUGUUUCCAUAAAUGGAUAAAAUUUAAAAGAGCUGUAACCAUUUCCUCAUUGCGUGGGCAAGUGGAAGUAGCUCCGAUGUGUCCUGGCAGUCAUCCAGCCUGUUGUUUGGUGCUUCCCAAAUGGAAAAAGGUACUGGUCAUGCUUUGGAGAUGUUUUUUGCACAAAAUGGGGAGAGCACAAAAUGUGCACGCACAGUUACGAGAUGGGGAAUACACAGCUCAGUUACACAACGAAUGAGAAGGAUCUUGGGAUUGUUGUAGAUCGAAACCUGGAGAUGAGCCAGGAGUGUGAUGCAGCAGCAAAAAAGGCCAAUGUGAUUUUAGGCUGCAUUAACAGAUGUAUAGUCUCCAAAUCCCAUGAGGUACCAGUCUCCCUCUAUUCAGCACUCCUUUGGCCUCAUUUAGAGUCCUGUGUCCAGCUCUGGACACCACACUUGAAGACUUGGG